GCACUCUCCUCUCCCUCUCCUUUCUGAAACAAAGAGAAAGGGUACGCUUCGGGAAUCGUGCAGGGAAGGUGAAGAAGGUGGGCUUGAAAUAAACCCUAUUCAUCCAUCCAAGGUGAAAAGCAACUCUCCCGAAGAUCAGAACGAGAUCCCUCCCUCUCCAUUUGUGAAGAAAUAGAAAAUAUCGGCGUAGUUAGACGGAUUUGCAGCAGCUGUAAACCGCAUUGAAGGUUCGAAGGUGGGGAGUUCAAGUGAGAAGAUAGUAAAUAUGCAGACACCAAAGCCAAGGAGUGGAUCCUUAGAAGUGCCUCAAAGGACUUCUCCAGCCACCCCUCGGUCCACUCGCCAGCUCAAGACAACUGGCUCAGAAUCUGACUCAGGCUCUUCUACGCAUCCUGCAACCAGGACGUCAACAGAGAGAAGCCCUAAAGUCCCUGAACGCCGGUCACCAAGAAGCCCAGCAGCUGAGAAGAAACGCCCAAGCAGGAUAUCUGAGCUGGAAUCCCAGCUCAGCCAACUUCAAGAGGAUCUGAAGAAAACCAAGGACCAGCUGGUUUCAUCUGAGUCAUGGAAGAUGCGUGCUCAGCAGGAAGCUGACGAUGCCAAGAAGCAGCUAUUGACCAUGGCUGCCAAGCUUGAGGAAUCCCAGCGCCAGCUUCUAGAGCUGUCUGCAGCUGAGGAGUCCCGGCUUCAGGAACUCCGAAAGAUCUCCCAGGAGAGAGACCGGGCAUGGGAAUCUGAGCUCGAGGCCCUCCAGAAACAGCACUCUGUCGACUCGGCUGCACUGGCGUCUGCUAUAAGUGAGAUCCAGAGGCUCAAGCUCCAGCUUGAGAUGGUGGUUGAGUCUGAAGCUGCCCAGGAAAAGCAGGCUGAAAUUGCACAUGCUGAGCUCCAGUCCUUGAAACUGGACAUGUCAGAAACUCUAGCUCUUAUGGAAAGCCUAAAAACUCAGCUCAGUGACUGCAAAGAAUCUGAAGCUCAGGCCCAAGCAAUUAUCAAUGAAACUUCACUACAGUUGGAAACAGCUAAGACAACCAUAGCAAUGUUACGGUCUGAUGGAUAUAAGGCCAUGGAGUCUUUCAACUCUGCUAUCGCCGAGUUGGAAGAUUCAAGAGCAAGAGUAAAUUCACUUGAAGAUGUCAUAAGAGAACUGCAGGUGGACCUUCUCAAGGUUAGCAGUGUGACACUGAAUGAUCCUCAAGGUGUUGACAAACUCCCAGGUGCUGUUGGUGGGGAGCCAGAUGACCGGCAGAAGCUGAUGGCUGACCUGAAUUCUUCAAGGUCAGAGGUGGAACAGUUGAAAUCCGCAUUAGAAGCAGCUGAAAUCAGGUACCAAGCAGAACAGAUUCAGAGCACGAUGAAGAUCCAAUCUGCUUAUGAGUUGGUUGAGCGCGCCAAGAACGAGUUGAGCCCAAGAGAAGCUGAGCUUGAGGCUGAGCUAAAUAAAACAAAAGCUGACAUUGUAGACAUGAAGGCGGACCUCAUGGAUAAGGAGAACGAACUGCAGAGCAUAUUGGCAGAAAAUGAGGGGCUGAAUUUGGAGAUAGAGAAGAGCCGGUUGAACCCAAGAGAGCCAGCACUGGAAACACAGCUGAAGAAGGCUGAGGGUGACAUUGCAGAUUUGAAGGCGAACCUGAUGGAUAAGGAGACUGAACUGCAAAGCAUAUCGGAGGAGAAUGAGCUGCUGAAAGUGGAGAUGGAGAAAAGAGAGCUGGAGAGUGGUAAAGGAAAUGCGGAAGCUUUGGCUGAGGCUGAAGCAGCAAGGGCUGCCGAACGGGAAGCAUUGAUGAGGCUUGGGUAUGUGACAGAGGAGGUGGAUAAGAGCAGCAGGCGGGCAGCGCGGGUGGCAGAGCAGCUGGAGGCAGCUCAGGCAGCAAGCUCGGAGAUGGAGGUGGAGUUGAGGAGACUGAGGGUGCAGUCAGACCAGUGGAGGAAGGCAGCAGAGGCAGCAGCGGCUGUGCUUUCGAAUAACAACGGGAAGUUGGAGAGGUCGGGAUCAUUGGAUGCAGAGUACCAUCCAGUGACCGGGAAGAUGCUUAGUUCCCCAUAUUCGGAAGACAUGGAUGACGAUGACUUGCUGAAGAAGAAGAACAACAAUGUGCUGAAGAAGAUUGGGGUGCUAUGGAAGAAGGGUGGCAACAAGUAGAGGUUACAAUGGAGGGGGUUAGAGGAUUGCUGGUGCUGAUUGCCUACUACUAUUUUGGUUUUUUAUUUUCUUCAGAACUAAUCAUCUGCUGGUGAGGGCACUGUAACAUGCUAUGCAGGCUCAUCUUUCCUGCUGACGUGCCACCUGUGUAGGAUAUAUCCCUUCCAUGAAAAUGCUAGGUCCCACCAUAUCAGAAAUUAGGCUGUUCCUCUCAUUAGAUGGGGCACACCUGUAAGUUAGAGUCGGUCUGUUUGGUGGUUGAUCCCGAUUGUGUGGCCCACCUGAUAGUGGACAGGCGUAAUUUCUUCGUCAGGUUAUUUUCAUGGUGAGGCGUACUUUUUGCAUGGUAAGAAUGUCCUACAGAAAUAGGAUGUUGGUGGGAAAGAUUUUACCUGCAUGACAAGUUCCGGCACUGUCGCCUGCAGGCGAUCAGUUCUAUAUUUAACUCUCUCUCUCUCUCUCUCUCUGUAUGUGAGGCACCCGGUUUUCGGUUUGUCUUCUCUACUUCCAUGGUGCUUAGCUGUGGCGUUGAAAACAUGAGAACGUAAAUAUAGUAAUGGUUUUUAUUCUUGGGA